AUGGUCGCUUUUGCCACCCCCAGGGCCGCCCUGGAGUGGUGCCUCGUCGUCCAGGAGGCCGCCUUGUACCUGAAAUGGCCCGAAUCCGUCCUGCUGCACCGCGGCUUCGCGUCCGUCCACUCGGCGAACGGCGACCUCGUUUUCCGGGGCCCUCGGCUGAAGAUGGGGCUGUGCGUGGGGCCCCCGAAGGCGAUCAUGCCGGACGCGUUGGGGAGGGCGGACUAUCACGGGAACAGCGUCAACCAGGCGGCGCGCUACAUGGACGCCGGCGCGCACGGCGGGCAGGUGGUCUGCGAGCCGGCGGUGGCUGAGAGGGUCCUGGCGGAGUGGCGCGCAGACGUGGAGGCCGCGGCCACCAAUGCUGCCAACACGUCCGCCGCCGCCGCCGCAGAGGCCGGCGCCGGUGCCGGGGCCGCCCCACACACGGGUGCCCCUGACGGCGACGGCGCCCCCGCCCCGCCGGCGCCGGCGCCGCCGGGCGGCGCGCCGGAGCCCGUGCAGCCGUCGGCGCCGCGCGACGUGCCUUCCGGCCGUGGGGGCGCAGGGGCGGCCGGCGCCGCAGUGGCGGCAACGACGGCGGCAGCGUCAAGCGGCGGCAGCGGCGGCGGCUACGCGUCUGCGUCUGGUUUUGGGGGCCACUUCGGCAGCUACGACAGCAUAGGGGCCCUGGGUGACGUCAGCAGCCCCGCCAGCAGCUUCCGCGCAGGCGCCUCGUUCUCCGGCCCCGGCGGCGGCGCGUCGGACGGCGGGGGCGCCGCGCCGGGCGGGCGGCCACUUGCGGCGCCGCUGCAGGCGUCUGGCGGAGGCGGGGUCGCGGAGGGGGAGCCGCUGCAGCAGACCGACUCCACGGGCGGCCUCUUGACAGGCUCCCCCUUUGGCGUCGCGCCAGUUGCCGGCCCCGCCGCGCCGGGCCCCGCCGGCGGCGCCGGGCGGCCGCGCUCUCGUUUCUUCAGAUCGCAGCCCGGCCCGCCCGCGCCCCGCAGCGGCGCGUCUGCGCUCAGCGCCGGUAUCCCCGAGAACUGCGCCUCAGACUGCGGCGCCGCCGCCGCAACCUUGGACGGCGCCGCGGCCGCGGGCCCGCUGCCGCCGCUCAACGGCGCGCCGCCGGCGGCGGCGCCGCAUCCGGACGCCAUCGAGCCGCCCGGCGCGCCGCGGUACGUCCUGCGGGACGUGCCCAAGGCGGUCGCGCGUGUGGAGGUACACGCGUGCGGCCUGUACCGCUUCAAGGGCAACCCCCUGCCUGUCGAGCUCGUACACGUCACUAUGACGUCACUUUCGGGGCGGGUGUACCCCUCAGAGCCGCCCAGGGGGAAGGGGGGCCGGCUGGAGGACCGCGCCGGGCUCAUCGCCGCCGGCCCCGCGCCGCUGCCGGCGCUGGCGAGGGAAUACCGCCGCCGCACGCCCGCGUUCGUGCUGCGCCGCUACUCGAGCCGGCUCGCGGCCGCGGACGCGCGUCGCUGCACGGCAGCGAGGGCAGCGGGCGCACGCCGUCGGCGGGCGCGAUCGCGCGCGCUCUGA